AUGUUCUACUUCCACUGCCCCCCGCAGCUAGAGGGCGCUGCCCCCUUCGGAGGUCACUCCGCCGGCGACUUCGACGACGGGUUCCUGCGAAGGAAGCAGCGCCGCAACCGCACCACCUUCACCUUGCAGCAGCUCGAGGCCCUGGAAGCCGUUUUUGCUCAAACCCACUACCCUGAUGUGUUCACUCGAGAAGAGCUGGCUCUGAAAAUCAACCUCACGGAGGCCAGGGUGCAGGUGUGGUUCCAAAAUCGAAGGGCUAAAUGGAGAAAAACAGAGAGGGGUGCUUCUGACCAAGAGGGCUCUAAGGAAACCAUGGCUGAGGUGGCACCUCCUGCGAGGAAUUUAAAUUCCCCUUCUCCAACAGACCAAACCAGGAAUAAAAAAGAGGGUCUGGAGAUCCAGCAGAGUCUGAGCCGUGCAGUGGGUCCUGCAGGACCUUUCUUCCCUUCCUGCCUGCCGGGGACUCUUCUCAACACAGCCACCUAUGCACAAGCUUUAUCCCAUGUCGCCUCUCUAAAAGGGAGCCCUCUGUGCUCGUGCUGUGUUCCAGACCCCAUGGGCCUGUCCUUCCUGCCCACCUACGGCUGCCAGAGCAACCGCACGGCCAGCGUGGCGGCGCUGCGCAUGAAGGCGCGCGAGCACUCGGAGGCCGUGCUGCAGUCUGCCAACCUGCUGCCCGCUGCCAGCAGCAGCCCCACGCCCCCCGCCAAGCCCGGCCCCGAGGGCAGCCAGGACAAGCAGCCCCCUGCGGCCAAGGAGCACAUGGAAGGCGAGAAGAGCGUAUGA